AUUGACCAAAGCUUGACAUAAAUUUGGUCAAUAUUACGUCAAAGUGACAUCAUCCCGACUUUUUGUUCCCCUUGGGGCACGUUCUAAAGUGCCAGAACGUACUAAAGUACCCGUGUAAUUGUUAACAAUGUAGCACCAUUACGAAAUGAGCCAGCAAAGGCAUCGAACCAUUUAUCGAUGUGGUCUAAAUCAUGCCAAAGAGAUUUGAAAGUGCGGCCGUGGCGGUAAAGGAACUGGCUGCGCAGCCAGAAGAUGAGGAUUUACUCGAGUUGUACGCAUUAUACAAGCAAUCCACCGUCGGCGAUUGUAACACAGAAAGACCGGGCAUGUUGGAUUUCAAAGGAAAGGCGAAAUGGGACGCUUGGAACGGUAAAAAAAGCAUGGGACAAGAAACGGCGAAAGAACAAUACAUUGCUAAAGUGGAGGCAUUAAUCGCUUCGAUUGGAAAGAAGUAGUCGGCUCUAAUGAACGUGUACACGCGCACAUAAAUACUCGCGCGUGAUUUCGUUCGGUCGUUCUUCGAAACUUUUUCACUUAUAUCGAUGGGAAAAGCACCCGGAAUAUUAUAAAUGUAAUUCGCAUGUGCGAACAAUCAGAUGUAUUGUAUAGAUAAUGGUGCAAUGCUGACUUUAUAUUUAGCCAUUUACACAAACGCGCACCUCUUUCUGUUCUCCGUUUGUAUGAAUUUUUGUAUCUGAUGAUUUAUUGGUAUCAGCAUAAAGCUACUUGUCGCAUA